AUAGCAGAAGAGCCCUAUGUGGGGCUCGAUCCCAUAACGCCGGGAUCACGCCCUGAGCCGAAGGCAGACGCUUAACCGCUGUGCCACCCAGGCGCCCCUAUCUGGUCAGUUUUGAAGUCCAAAUAUUCUGUCUCUGUGAUUUCCUUCUCAGCUCCCUUCCUCAUUUUCACGAGUUCAGGCUUUUGUUACCCCUCGAGGGAACUACAAAGUCCUGAUUGCUCCACCUUCAGUUUCCCCCAUCUGCAGCUUAUUCUGUACAUACACCAAUGCAGUAGCAUCAGACAUAAGCUCAAAUCUUAAGAGCCCGGGCUUUCACUAGCUAUGCUACUUUGGACAAGUAAGUUUACCAACUCAAGCUUCAUUUAUAAUUUAAGAAUUUGGAUUUUUAAAAUUCGAUCAUGUAUAUUAAAUGGCAGUUUAAUGAGUACCCAGUCCCAAAUUCUUAGGAAACUUUCCUCCCACCACUCGGUAACUCUCAUGAGCCCCUGGUAAGUUUAAGUAAAUCUCAAUGUCAUAAUGGUUUUCUGAAUAAAGCAUAAAUUCAUGCUUGGCAUUCAAGGGCCUUGUUGAACUGGCCUUGAGCUACUUACCGUUCUGACCUCUCAUUUUUCCCUUUCAUAUGCCCUGUACUGAAGCCAUGCUGACUUUGAAUUUGCUUCUUUAAGGUCCCUGCCUCUAGCCUUUCACUUGUCUUCACCAUCUCUACAUAUACACAUCCUAGUGAGUAAAUGUAAUUCCCUCCAUAAAGCCUUCCCUGACUCCCCCUGCCUUCCUUCCCUCCACUCUUCUGUCCAGUCUUUUCUAAUUUGCAGAGCCUGGUGCUUUUGUCAUUACUGUCUUGGUGAGUGGCUAAAAGAGGGAUUAAUAUACUGUCUUUUGGAAAGUCUGCAAGCAGGAAAGGGCUUAUACGGGUCAUGAGAGUUCCUGCAGAGUGUGUGGAAAGUUUUCUCAUGGGUUUGGAAAUACACGUGAGCUCACAAAGCAUCAAAAUCCUUAGUAUCCCAUUUAAAAUAAGCUUCACGUCACAUCGUAUUGCUUAAUGAGCCACUCUGUAGCCAUCUUUAUGUAAUAAAAACACCUUAGGAUGGUAGUUACUGAUGCCCAACAGGUACAAACUAAUACUGUGGAGUUUCCACUUGCCACUAAAUAAAUGCUUGUAAAGUCUAGCGAGCCUAAGAUGAAAGGCAUUUCGUAGAUUUAAAAUGUGCAAGAUGUAACCAGUCUUCUGUAUCCUUCUCUAAUCAGAACUAAUCCUCCAAGAGAGAGGGGUGCAUGAAAAGACGGUAAAGAAUCUGGGGAAGUGUGGAUCUGGGGUCUCCAGAUUGUCCUAGGGGGCUGGUGGUUUAAGACUGGAGCAAAGGCAAAAUGUCGGGUUCAAAACUUGGAGAGGGAGCUGUGUUAGGGUGUGAGGAGACUCCACCCGGCUGUCUUUAAUUAAGAGACAGCAGGAAGGGCCAGGAUUGUUCUUUCUUCUAAGUUCACUGAAAGAAAAUCCAACCAAAUUUUGUUCUUAGGAAUUUCAAAAUAAGUAGAGAAUUCUUUGAACUCUGUAAUCAACUAACUGGAAACUAAUUUGAAAUUUGGCUUCAGUACUUAGAUUUGUGGUUACAGGAGUGGGGGAAGCAUCCAAAGAGGUUCUCUGGAGCUCCCUGUACUUGUCUUUUAAAAAGUUUACACACAGCAUGUGAAAUGAACAGAUGCUUUUUUUGUUGGAGCUAUCAGGGUAACAAGAGGCUGAAAGCUAUAUCAGGUAUUUAUUUCAGUCACUGAGAUGGCUAUUGGCAGAGUUCCACAUACCAAAACUAAAGAGAAACUCAUGAACAGAUUAAAAAAAAAAAAGACAUGGAGGAAAGAGCCCUGUGCUUCCUCUUCUGAUUUCUUCCUAAACACAUACUGAUGAUAAAAAAAGGAGCAGUGCACUCAGAUAGCACUCUCUGGCUUCUUUUUUUGUGGUCAGGGAGAGAAUUGGGCAACUUUAUGUAAUCCUUUCUAUAAGACUGUGUUUGAACUUUGGGGAGAUUUCUCUAUAAUAAUCUCUUAACACUUUAGUCAGAGAGCGUAACUUAAGCCAAUAAAUACUUUGAAUUUUGAACUUCAUAGUUGUUACAAUGCUCUGCUUAUUUAUAUUACAAUAUGGAGCAUUUGGCCAGAGUAGUGAGAAUAAGGUAGAUAGAUAGGUGUGGGGAGGAAUUAAGAAGACUGAACUGGUUGGCACCUGACUGGGUGAGGAAACAGGAAAGGAAUUUCUGGCCAUGAAGUUUGUGAUUCCACAUCAAGAUCAUUCUUUAUGAUGGAAUAACCACCCACCCCAGUCGAGAGCCAGAAUUCCUCAGAUUCUUCCAACCAGAGGGGCCCUGGCACAUUAAACAGUCUGUUAUGAUAUCUGAACACUUAAGUGAGUGUAUUUGGCCAGGGAGACUUGCUAGUGAAAUUGAUCUUGCCUUCCCUGGGUUUUUCCAGUUGUACUGAAUAAUUAAAGGAAAAUUAAGACCCAGAUUCCCUGAAAUGUUAAGUAUCAGAUCUGUAAGCGGAUCAUACCUUAGGAUCACAGCGUGUCAGAGUUAGAAGGGACCUUAAAAUUCAUCCUAAACAAACUGAUAGAGGAUUUGUUUCCCCCAAAUCCUUGCCAAAUGAUUGCAUGAAUUUCUGCUUAAACACCUCCAGGGUCAGGAAAGUCAUUGCUUUAGGGGACACUCUAUUCUUUGAAUAGCUGUGAGAAAGCUUUUUGUUGGUUCCAAAUCUGCCCUUGAAUCUUAGUGUGCCAGCUUAAGGAGACAUCCAGAACAAGCCUCCUUCCUCCCACAUCCCAGCCCAUCAGACACUUCAUGUUCAUCACAUUGCCUGGAACCUUCUGUAGGUCAAGCAUUCUUGGUUCUUUCUACUGUUUGCUCCUCAGGGGACAAGGUUCCUAGUGUCUUGUAGUAUAGCACCAGGAAGACUCAGGAUUCUGGGAUGGCUUCUUUAAAACUUUCAGAACUAAAGAAAAAGUUAGAAAGGCUAUCAAGACACAAUCUAGUCUAUACCUUUCCCUUUCAGUUUACAGAUUGGGAGGUAGUCUUUUGGAUUUGAGGGGCAGAAUUGAUCAGUCUCUUUUGAAUUGAGAAAUGAAGUAUAACACAUUUUUGUCAGUGAACGAUCUUUUUUAAGUUGCUUAAUUCUUUUUUUUUAAGAACUCAUGACCCAGAGAUCAAGAGUGGCAUACAUGAAAAAAAAAAAAAAAGAGUGGCAUAUGUGCUCUACCGACUGAGCCAGGCAGGUGUCCCUUUAGUUGCUUAAUUCUGACUAUAGGCUUCAGCCUACACCUCAUUUUUGCCAAGGACCUCUCCGGCUCUCUAAGUUAAGCCUAAGGCUCAACUCGGGGGUUCACUGCCAGAUCUCCAUCUGCAACUCUUGGCUUCACUCACUGUCUGUGUAAAGGAUAGAAAUAACUUUUACAUAAGUUUAACCAUCUAUAUUGACCACAUGGUUGAAAAGAGAUUCAGAAAUUUUAAUAGACUUUGUUGCUUUUCCUUCAUAAAAUCAUAAAGUGACCAUCACAAAGGGAGCCGAAUAUUGCACCCCUUCAGAAAUGCAGCUGCCUCUGUUGGACAGUUUCCUGGGUUGCCCUUUGUACUUUCCCGGUUUAACAGUCACCAGGUGAUUAGAUGGCUUUUCUAAAAGCCAAAAAGCUGUGGCCCGAAUUGUGGGCCGCUUUUCUCUCGUAUUUUCCGUUUUGAGACUUGAAAUACAGACACAUGCUUUUGAGCUGGCUCCAGGGAGGCUCAGGUUUCCUUGGAUGUGCGCAGCAAUAAAGGAGCCCAGGUGUUAGGGCGUGGGUCUCCGCUGCCGGCGUCUCCACCGCCCCGCCCCCCUUCCUCAGUCAUUGCCACCUCUCAAGUCUGCAGGCAGAGAAAUUCUGGUGGGAGGAUGGACCAAGACCUGAUGUACAGAGAAGGGAAAGGGAGAAGGUGCCUAGAGUUCAUCCAGUAACUUGGCCUCUGGGCGUAACAGAAUGCCUUCGGGUAUCAGGAAAGUGCCGGGUUUAAGGCUAAUGUUCUUGGGCCCGUCAGGGGCGCGCUAAAGGUGACAUUGGAGGGACUAGGACAGCCUUUGGUGGUAGAGCUGGAGCCAAGAGCCAUGCGUGCGGCCCGUCGCAGCCGGCGCAAGCCCGCCGGCAGAUGUGGCCCCGAACGGCCCCUGCCAGAACCCGCUGGCUGUGAGGAGGCGGGGGCGCCCCUCUGGGUUCGCUCGUCCUUGGGCUGGGCUCGGAGCCCGGCGGGUCCGGACGCGGCGGGGGCGGAAGGGGCGGCAGGGGGUCGGGCCAGAGGGAGAGGGCGGGGCUUUCCUUUGUCAGGGGAUUUGCGCGGCGCGGCCGAGCCUCGCGCGGGUACCGCCCCCCUCCUCUCGCCCUCUCGGGGGGCGGGGCUCUCCCUCGGGCCCUGGGGCGCGGUGGGCGUGGGCUUGGUGAGGCGAGCGGCUGGCGCCCGGACUCCCUGGCCCCGAACCGCGCGGAAGCGCCGCCCCUGCCGCCUCGGCCUCCAAUCCUCUCCGCGGCCCCCUCCCUCUCCGCUCGGGUCGCUCCCUUUCCUUGCUCCCGCCGCGGCUCUGCCUCCGCCCUCCUCCCCUUGGCUCUCCGCGUCGCGCUCCCGGGCUUCCAGGGGGGCUGCCCGGGCGGGGCGGCGCGGCGGCGCGGGGAAGGGGGAGGAGAGCCGCCCGCCAGCCCAGCACUUGCAGCGAGCGGCGGGCGAGCGGGCCGCUCUGUGCGAGGGAGGAGGGCUCGCCCCCGCCCGGCCCGAGCGGAGCCUUUUGUUCCCAGCCAGAAGUUUGCAUGCCGGGACCGUAACAGCUGCGGGCGGGGAGGACGGCGGGGCCGCGGGGCCGGCGGUGGCGGAGAAUAGAGGCGGCUGCUUGACAUGCAGCCCACGGCGCGGCGGCUGCAGGCCGGGGACUGGCGGCGGCGGGGGAGGCGGCGCCCACAGCACGCGGGACUCAGCUGCCGGAGGGACAAACUAACUUCCUGAGCGCGGGACUGGAGGCCGGCGGCCCGGAGCCACCUGCCAGGCUGCGGUGAGGCAUCCCUGGCUCUCGGGGCGCGCGGCAUGGCGCGGGGGAGUGGGCCGCGCUGAGCGAGCGCUUGGACCGGCCCUCGGCCGCUGCUGCAGCCUGCCGGCCUCUCAAAGGCCCGGCGCCGGGCUCCACUUGCCUUGUUUUGCGGCCACGGCGCUGGCUGUUCUGGGAGCCACAACAAUGCCAUGAUGUUUUGGAGACAGGAAGCCCCAAGCUGGCCCCGAAUGAAGGACUUCCUGUGUUUAAAGUUGCAGGAAUAUCCGCCGACCAGCCCAGUUCAAAUGCAAACACCCGAACUAGGGAGGACGAAUGGCUAAUUCAGACCAGCUGGACUCUCCAGGACUGGAACUGAGAAUAAAAUGAAAGGAAUUCUUAGGAGCUUGGGCCAUACUUGAAGACUGGAGAGACUGUGCCAUUGUUAUUAAAGGACACAAUUGGUAUAAAGCUUCUUCCAACUCUGGGUGAGAAGUGAGUGGAACUAGAUUCUGAAAAAGACUUGUCAAUAUCAGAUGGGUUUUUUGUUGUUGUUGUUUGUUUUAAUGACUGAAUUAGAAAGAGCAGUGCUCUUAAAAGACACACACACAAAAGAAGCCAUACAAGGAAUUAUUUUAUGUUUGUUGACUAAAUUAUACCACUUAACUGUCUGCAACUAUGAGGCUGUUAGCCUGUGAGGAAAAAGCUGUUUCUCUUAGAGCUUCUCCCAGAAUGGUUUCAGAGUUGGACUUGCAGGCCUUUCUGGAAGGCAGAUCGAAUUGGUGGUCCCCGGUUGUGAACAUGUAAAAGGAUUUUAACUUAUCCAGAAUGCGUUUUUGGGUAAUUGGUGAAAAACUUUUAAAAGGUUGAUACUUCAUCUUGAUUGAAAAAGUAUGGGUAAGCCACUCAGCAGACCAGACUGUUUAAGGCAGAACCCCACCUGCCUGGGGAAAGGAGAGGAAGAGGAUGGCUAUAUAGAGGAUUGUUAUGUUCCACAACGAUCUAUAUAUGAUACAAUGAGGAUAAAUGAACAAAUUGACCAGGGGUCAAAGCUUAAUCAGACAUCGAAAAGCACCAUGGAAAAGGUGGAAGGAAGUACCGUAUCCAGCAAUGGUACGUUAGGGGCAGCAUCUAAUGUGUUUGAAUCUAGAGCCCCAGAAGGCAAAAAGCUGGAUGAAAGAAUAAUUUUUGAUGCACUAAAGUUAAGCAGUGAUGUGCAGAAGUCAGCACCCGUGCCACCCAGAAGGCGACCAAAUGCAGAACGCAAAGACAAUGUUAACAGGAGAUCAUGGAAGUCCUUCAUGCCACCUAAUUUCCCAGAAUUUGCAGAAAGGAUAGAAGCUUCUCUCAGUGAGGUUUCGGAAGCUGGUGCUUCAAAUCCUUCGUUGCAAGAGAAGAAGGAAUCCAGUUCUGCAUUAACAGAAAGUUCUGGUCAUUUGGACCACAGGGAACCUCAGUCAGAGUCAGUGACUCUGGAACAUGUGUCCAAAUCCAUAGAGACUCCAGAAGUGCAGGAUAUGAAAAUUUUAAGCGGAGAGUGCCAAGACUUCAGAUCGCAGCCGCACGGUGAGCGUUCUCCCCAUGAAUUCCAGCCUUUAGAAUCAGAAGCUGCAGCAGCAAGUGGUAACACAGAUGUAAUGCAGGAACACAGAUUCUCAAGUGCAACCUGGCCCAGAGCCACGAAAAGUUUAGCUAAGGGAGGCUUCAGUGAGAAGCAGCACCCCCUUGGGGACACAGCCUGCACUGUGGAAAUGCCACCUCUCUCCCCUUGCCUGAGUGAAGAGCUGUUGGAUCCAGAAUUACAUAUUUUCAUAACUCCCAGCCUGAGAGAGAAAACAGAGUCUGAGCUAAAGUUUGAGGAGGAUGAGCGGUGGAUCAUGAUGGAGGCUGAGGAGGAGUGGGAGGAAGAGAAGCUGUCAGAGAGAGGAAAGAUUUUUCUAACGGCAGAUGAGAAAAAGACCAGCCUGGCAGAUAUUUUUGAAGAAGGAGAACAGGCAAACACCGUAGCAGUGGCAGAGGAUGGGGCCAGUUGCUCAGCUGCUGUCCUGAGCACUUUUGACCACUUAGCUCUUGGUCAGAUUGGUUGCUCUGAGGACCUACAAUCAGAUAAGAACUAUCUGGCUUCUGUUCUCGAGGAUAUACCUCUGGAUUACAGUUGUGGUCUCACAGGUGAGAGUGCUGUAGGUGAGCUGACAAACAGAACUGCUCAGGGGCUGGAGGGUCUCGUUUCCAACUUAGAAUGUACUGUCGGUCCUAGUGAUUCAGAGCAGCUCUCUGACACAGAUUCAGUGCAGAUGUUUCUUGAACUUGAAAAGGAGUGUUUAUGUGAAGAAGGAGUAACUCCUCUGGCUGAGCUGGAGAAUCAAGCCUCUUCCGAAGGGCUGGCCCCAUCCCAGGCUGCAGAAAAUGCACUUGUAAUUAGUCAUUUUCCAGGGGCUGCCUUAGAAGAGGAACACAUAGGCCUUUUAGAUGUAAGGGUGAAAGACUCUGAUACUGGAUUGAAUUAUGAAUAUUUUAAUGCCCUGGAUUCUUCUCAGGUGCCUGAUGCUAUGGAACUUAUUGUCUACUCUAAUACCAAGAGAGACACUUCCAUUGCUAGUGAGGAGGAGCGUGAAAAAGUGCCUUCUAGCCCCAAGACUGCAGGGGAAUUUAAGUUCAGACACCCAGCUGAUCUGGAGUCACUGGGAAAGCUGGACCCAGGAGGACUGCCCAACUCCGAUCACAGGGCUUCCCAGGAAGACAACUUAUUAGGCUUUGUAGCUGAGCUGGCCAAAGAAAAUGGCAGUUUGUCCCAGGUAGACUGCAGUCCCUCUGAGGGCAAUGUUGACGAGUAUGUUGAGAGGGUCCCCCUCAAUUGUGCUUUUAGCUAUGAACUAACAGAUGUUACCUCAGGAUCCGAAGUAGAGGUGUUCUCAUAUGGUUCACAUUUACUAACAGAUGAGAUUCAUUUGGAAAGUGAGAAAGGAGCUAUUAAUCAAGAAAAUAGCAGUCUGACUUCCUUGGGAAAUGUGGAUCCUUGUGAAUUGUCCAAGGACAAAGUGUGUGAUGAGGAUGGGGAGGGGCAAGAGCUGAGCUACGAAGACAAGCUUUUGGAGGACCAAGCCCCAGCACACGUUCACAGAGCCUUCCCGGAGCAGAUCUUCCAGGAUUUCCAGAAGUCCGCAGAGUCAGAUACUCUGAAUCUGCCCCUGCUAGUUGGUGGCCUAGGACAUAGCAGAGGUGGAGUGGAAGCUGUAAAUGAUUCAAAGCCCAAGCUGAAUGUGGCCUCGUCAGAAGGCGAGGAGACAGAAAUGAGAGAUUCAGAAUCGUUGCUGAGUAUCUUUCUGGAGGAACAAGUUACCGAGGCCAGUAGUACUGAACGAGUUUUGGAGGAAUGGAUACCUGUCCCACGGAAGCCUGCCCCAGCUGCUGCAGUGCCCACUCCAGAAGAUGCCCUAGAUGCUGCAGUGCUCGUCCCAGCGGCCCAUGUCCCGGUUGCUGCGGCGCUUGCCCCAGAGGGAGCUGCUGGGACUGCUGCAGUGCCUUUCCCGGAGGCAGACGUCCCAGUUGUUCCGGGGGCUGCCAUAGAGGCACAUGUCCCUGUUGUUUCAGUGGUCACUGUAGAGAAGGAUGUCCCGGCUGCUGCCCCAGCUGUUGCAGUGCCUGCUUCUGAAGGGACUGCUCCAGCUGCUGCAGUGCCCACCGCAAGGGAUGACAUCCCAGAGGGAUCUGUCACCCCGGCUGCUGCAGUGCCCACCCCGGAGGAUCCUGUCACCCCAGCUGUUAGAGUGCCCACCCCGGAGGAUCCUGUCACUCUAGCUGAUAGAGUGCCCACCCCAGAGGAGCCUGUCACCCCAGCCUCUGUAGUGCCCACCCCGGAGGAUCCUGUCACCCCAGCUGUUAGAGUGCCCACCCCGGAGGUUCCUGUCACUCUAGCUGAUAGAGUGCCCACCCCAGAGGAGCCUGUCACCCCAGCCUCUGUAGUGCCCACCCCGGAGGAGCCUGUCACCCCAGCUGUUAGAGUGCCCACCCCGGAGGUUCCUGUCACUCUAGCUGAUAGAGUGCCCACCCCAGAGGAGCCUGUCACCCCAGCCUCUGUAGUGCCCACCCCGGAGGAGCCUGUCACCCCAGCUGUUAGAGUGCCCACCCCGGAGGUUCCUGUCACUCUAGCUGAUAGAGUGCCCACCCCAGAGGAGCCUGUCACCCCAGCCUCUGUAGUGCCCACCCCGGAGGAGCCUGUCACCCCAGCUGUUAGAGUGCCCACCCCGGAGGUUCCUGUCACUCUAGCUGAUAGAGUGCCCACCCCAGAGGAGCCUGUCACCCCAGCCUCUGUAGUGCCCACCCCGGAGGAGCCUGUCACCCCAGCUGUUAGAGUGCCCACCCCGGAGGUUCCUGUCACUCUAGCUGAUAGAGUGCCCACCCCAGAGGAGCCUGUCACCCCAGCCUCUGUAGUGCCCACCCCGGAGGAGCCUGUCACCCCAGCUGUUAGAGUGCCCACCCCGGAGGUUCCUGUCACUCUAGCUGAUAGAGUGCCCACCCCAGAGGAGCCUGUCACCCCAGCCUCUGUAGUGCCCACCCCGGAGGAGCCUGUCACCCCAGCUGCUGCAGUGCCCACCGCAACGGAUGACAUCCCAGAGGGAUCUGUCACCCCGGCUGCUGCAGUGCCCACCCCAGAAGAUCCUGUCACCCCAGAGGAGCCUGUCACCCCGGCUGCUGCAGUGCCCACCCCGGAGGAUCCUGUCACCCCAGCUGUUAGAGUGCCCACCCCGGAGGAUCCUGUCACUCUAGCUGAUAGAGUGCCCACCCCAGAGGAGCCUGUCACCCCAGCCUCUGUAGUGCCCACCCCGGAGGAUCCUGUCACCCCAGCUGUUAGAGUGCCCACCCCGGAGGAUCCUGUCACUCUAGCUGAUAGAGUGCCCACCCCAGAGGAGCCUGUCACCCCAGCCUCUGUAGUGCCCACCCCGGAGGAUCCUGUCACCCCAGCUGUUAGAGUGCCCACCCCGGAGGAUCCUGUCACUCUAGCUGAUAGAGUGCCCACCCCAGAGGAGCCUGUCACCCCAGCCUCUGUAGUGCCCACCCCGGAGGAUCCUGUCACCCCAGCUGUUAGAGUGCCCACCCCGGAGGAUCCUGUCACUCUAGCUGAUAGAGUGCCCACCCCAGAGGAGCCUGUCACCCCAGCCUCUGUAGUGCCCACCCCGGAGGAUCCUGUCACCCCAGCUGUUAGAGUGCCCACCCCGGAGGAUCCUGUCACUCUAGCUGAUAGAGUGCCCACCCCAGAGGAGCCUGUCACCCCAGCCUCUGUAGUGCCCACCCCGGAGGAUCCUGUCACCCCAGCUGUUAGAGUGCCCACCCCGGAGGUUCCUGUCACUCUAGCUGAUAGAGUGCCCACCCCAGAGGAGCCUGUCACCCCAGCCUCUGUAGUGCCCACCCCGGAGGAGCCUGUCACCCCAGCUGCUGCAGUGCCCACCGCAACGGAUGACAUCCCAGAGGGAUCUGUCACCCCGGCUGCUGCAGUGCCCACCCCAGAAGAUCCUGUCACCCCAGAGGAGCCUGUCACCCCGGCUGCUGCAGUGCCCACCCCAGAGGAGCCUGUCACCCCAGCUGAUAGAGUGCCCACCCCAGAGGAGCCUGUCACCCCAGCUGCUGCAGUGCCCACCCCUGAGGAGCCUGCAGCCCCAGCUGAUAGAGCGCCCACCCCAGAGGAGCCUAUCACCCCAGCUGAUAGAGCGCCCACCCCGGAGGAGCCUAUCACCCCAGCUGAUAGAGCGCCCACCCCGGAGGAGCCAAUCACCCCAGCUGUUAGAGCUCCCACCCCGGAGGCACCUGCAGCCCCAGCUGCUGCAGUGCCUGCUGUUGAGGAAGUAUUCCCUGCUGGUGUACCCUUCCUGGGAGAUACUGCCCACACUGAUCCAGUGCCUAUCUCAGAAGAAGGAGCUCCUGUUCUAGAGGAGGCUUCCCCCGCUAGAAUGUGGAUCAAGGAGGACCUUGAUUCCCCAGGAUUUGGAAUAAAAGAGGUGACUGGCACAGGGCUGCAUGGGAAAGUGCCUCUGGCUGCAACUGAUGGAUUAAAUUCAAAUGAGGUAAUUGUUGCUCAUUUCGUUGGGAAAGGAUCUGGGGAGUAAAGUGAGAUUUCCAAGUUCUCUGACUUUGUAGUGAUUAGAAAGGACACAGUCCUUUCUUUGGUUCUCUUUGGGGGCAAUGGGCUUUUCUGGUCUUUCUGUUGCAUUUAUGGCGAGAAUAUGUCUUACUUUCAUUUGGUGAAAAAUUUUACAAUUCGUACUCUGUUUUUUUAUUCAGUGAUAAGCCAAGCCCAAGGAAAACAGGGAUGUAAACAGUUGUUGGUUUACAUUUUGGAAAAAGAUUAUUAGCAGGAAAGGGUGAUUGUGCUUUUGAAAAUGGUAGUGAGCAUGUUGUGUCCUAAAUCAAGAGGCUGCUUUUUAAUCGGUGAUGUCAGCAGUGAGGCUGGGGCUGGAGUGUGGGCUUUGGAGAGAGAGCUGGGAUACUUCUUAGCACUUGGCAAGUUAGAUGUCCUGAAUCGCUGGUUUGCUCAUUUACUAAGGCAGAAUCCUGUGAGGAUAAUGAGAUAACCCGUGAAAAACACCAAGUGUGGGAGAUUUCAAUCACUGUCACUAUCCUCCCCCUCUCUCUUCCCCAGAGCUGUGUUGGUUAGUUGAAAGAAUUCACCAGAACAGGUUGGGUGAAAGCAAUAGCUAGAAGUAUGAAUAACAGCUUUUUAAUACAAACGUAUGUUUCUUAAAGUCAGAAUAAGUUAUAAUAAUGCUUACAAAAAGAGAUAUUUUAGCCAUCUUGUCAAACUUUGUGUCCUGAAGCAAGUCACUCUUUUUUUUCCUGGACCUCUUGUUUCCUAAUCCAUAAAAUAAGGGAAUUGGACUAAAUGUCCUUCUGCCUCUCUCUUAGCUCCAAGGUUCUAAGCUUCUUAAUGUUAGAGAAUGGAAUGUGUUAGGGAACUGAUGGGAACAGUGUUCACAUCCUUGAGCACUCCUAGUGAAAGACAUUUAAGAUUGGCUGCCUUCUACAGUUCACUGCCCCAGUGUCAUUUGGUCAGUGGUGGGGAUGAAGGAGGUAGAAGUUUCAUCUAUCUAAUACAGUCGGGGAUUACUGAGUACAGAGGUGGUUUUGAUUUUAUACCUUCCCCAUAACAGUGGCUUCCUUGUAGUAGGCAUUCACUGUUGACUGACGGAGUGAAUGUCAGUCUCCUGAAUAUCUGUGAUUGCUACAGAGGGAUGGGGUUCUCACAUCCACCCCGUGGCAGAGCCUUUCCGGGCAGCCUUGUUGGCUAGAGCACCAAUUAAACCUGCAGCUUCCAGCGACAAAAAGUCAUUUUGAUUGCAGGCCACAAGCUGCCAACUUCGCUACAGAUCCUCCUGUUUAGCUGAGUGGUGGUGGUAUCACCUUGGGCUUCACCAAAUAUUUUGUAACAUAGCAUCCCAUUAAGCUAUAAUGUGUCACCUUUCAGACUGAUGGAAUGAUCUGUUUUCUGAGUUUUAACUGAAUUUGGGAAUGACACCAAAAUCCCAGAAGUCACAGGCAUUCUUUAUUAUACAGAAUAUUUUUAGUAUAAAGCCUGCAGCAAUAAUCAAUGAAGUAUAGGGAUUAAAUUUGUAAGGAGCUGAUCAGAUCUGCAUAAAGGAAAAAUUCGGAGGAAUCCUUAGUAUCAGUCUCAGAUCUGUUUCCUCACCUACAAAAUUAGUAAAUGAGGUUAGAUAAUUUCUGAGGCUCCCUUCAGCUACAGGAGGUAAUCAUUUUAUGAAAUACCGCUUGAUAAAAUGACAGGAGAAGGCAGUGGUGGGUUGCAAGUUUGUCCAUUAUCCUUGAAGUAUGGUUACUUUAUGGAAUAUCUGUACGUAAGCUGAUGUCUGAAUUUGUGUGUAAAAGAAGAAAUUUGAGCCAUCACCCCAGCCAGGAUGUUAACCAAAAAGGAUGUAGAGAGGCUAUUUUGAAAAUCUUUAUUGAAACAAAACAGGUAUCAUUACAGAGGUAACAUAAGUAUACAGAUUUUGCUAAACUGGUGAAAUAUUAUCGAGAGAAAAAGUUUUUCCAAGAUGAGAGCUGUAUGGAUUUCAUUUCUUCCCAAAGGGGUCCUAGAGGCAACUGAACCUGUCAUUUUAAUACAUAAACACUUAGAACUCAGCAAGUGAUCAUACCUGAAAUGUGAUUUAGAUUUUGUGUGUUUGUGCAUAUAUACAAAUGCACACCUGUAUACAUGAUUAAAAUAGAUAAAAAUUUUUCUCUCUUUUUAAAAUAUUUAUUUAUUUGAGGGAGAGCACGCAUGCUCAGGAGCGCACAGGGGAGGGAGAGGGAGAAGCAGCCUCCCUACUGAGCAGGGAAGCCUGAGACUGGGGAUGCGGGCUCCAUCCCAGGACCCUGUGAUCAUGACCCAAGCGGAAGGCAGCCGCUUAACCCACUGAGCCACCCAGGCGCCCUGAUACAAAGUUUCUAAUAGCAUUAAUGAGCGAUUGGUAGAAGAACCAAAAAUGCUAGAACUUGUUUGCUAUCCCUUUAGUGAGAUCCUAGGCCCACUGAGAGCAAUCUGUGGUUAUUUAAACCCUCUUUUCUUUUGCAGACUUCUUCAAUCUUAUUUCCAAUGGAAGACAAAACAAUCUUUUAAUAUAAAUUAGAGGUUCUGUAAAAUUCAAAAUUUAC